CUAAAAUUCAGCUUAAAAGAAGAUGAGGGUUGACGUUUUGUUGUUCUUAGUUUUUGCUUGUUGUGUGAGGCCUUCGUCCUCGUGCUCCUGCUUUCCUACGCAUGUGCAGACCAGCAUCUGUCAGGCUGAUUAUGCUAUAAAGGCAACGAUUUUGUCUGUGCAAGACAGUGGGGAUUUCACUUUGAGAUACAAUGUCACCGUCCAGAUGAAUUUCAAGACUGGACAGCCAACUCCAAGUUCAGUCAUCUCGAUUUUUUCGGCGAAUAACAGUGCCCUGUGUGGCGUCUACUUUAGUGUGGGGGAAACAUAUCUCAUAGUGGGCAACAUUGUAAAUGGUGAAUAUCGGACCAACUUGUGUUUUUGGAAUAUUAUCUUUUCGGAUCUGUCAGACUUUCAAAUGUUUGCACUGAAGAGAAGAAUCUAUGUGAAUAACUGUGAAUGCGAGAUUUAUCAGUGUUUUGGUUUGGAUUGCCAGAGCGAGGCAGAUUGUAUCGUUCCUCCAGAACAAACCUACUGUUACUAUAGCAACAAGGCCUGUACAAAACGAGGUGCCAAGUGCUCGUGGACCGACCACGGCUGCUGAGCGCCAUAUUGUCACGAUGUAAAUGGCGCAUCUACUGACAACUCGUAGC